ACACGCAGAGAAAAAUAAAAUGACAGUUUUCGCAUGAAAAUUCAAUUUUCGAAAUUUUUUACCUCCGUGCACAGUUGCCGACGAACCCAGUGACGUCACAAAGUUUGUUUUUCUUUUAAGUUCAGCGGCAGAAGGGGGAUAAUUAGUUGGUUUUGAGUAAUUGAAGCAUCAUCCACUCAUGACGGGGCAUACGGUUCACCUUAUUGACGAGUUCCGGGACCUGUGCCGAUAGUCCAAUACAAGUUUUGACCGGGUUUGGUCCGGCACGAAGUUGCUGGAACCGCAGCAGGAGGAGGAUGUUGGCGGCGGAAGUGGUUACUUGCCAGGAGACGGUGUUUUUGAGAGGUCAAAAAGGACCGGUGUAGGUUGGGUGCAGUCGUACGAGGGAGAUCGUACUUGGACUCAACUGACCGCAGAAACGGAACUAGUGUAGCACAUGUCGUUCAAAUGUUCCGCCAGAAAUGCUGGUGUUCUGACGCGUCGGACGUUCAACACUACCAGCCUCUGGAAAUAACGGCCAAACGGGACGAAGUGUUCGACGAGGUGGCCUGCGAGCUGGGCAUGCUGGGCUGGGCGACCGACCGGAAAGUGUGGGCCUGACUUCCGGAUGUCACAUUCUUGCAGUCGAUGCGUCUGUUGCCGAUGACACCGGACCGACUGAAAAGUUCAUUGUGGAGGAACAUGAGGCGUGCCUGCUGCGCGUCUGCGAUAUUCUGACCUUCGGAGCGCUGAAGCCUUGCCCCAAGUGCAGUAGCCAGUACGUGCUUCAAAAGUCGGCCUACAUUUGUGAGGGUGACCUCACCGAGUACAUCAAGUACCGUGGAGGCCAAACCGGUGCGCAUGUCGGCCAUAAUUCCAGACGAGGUCAAGUUGCAGUUUUCCUUUUUGGCCAAGUACAAAUUGGAGGUGAGCGAUCGAGUCAUCAAGUACGUCCCUCCGAUUCUGAGCACCACGAUGAAGAAGGUAAAGAAUGAGGAAGUGCUGGCUGAUCCAAAGAUCAAGCGCGAGAACCCCCCACUCUGCAGUUCGUCUUUCUUGGCAAGAAGGAAACCCCUAAAGAUCAACUACGGGUCAAGAUCCUCAAGCCGAACGGCAAAGUGGCCCUCAAAAUCACCAACACGAUCGCGGCCAUCGACCGGCAGGAGACCAAAGAUAUGUAGAUCCAGGUCGUGCCGGAAGAUUAUAUCGAGGAUGCCAAGGCCGGUGGCGUGAUUUCAAGCAUCACGAGCAAGUCCAUCUGCAAUUGGGGCUCUGAUCUGCAUAGCCGAAUCCCGCAGGACGAAGUUAAAUCCAAAUCGAAAAAAAAACAUCUACACCAAAUCCGUCUCGUCGAAGGUGAAGCUAGCGCUGAAGGGCGGUCUCGUGGUCGAUCCCGACUCCGGGCUUUGAUUUCAAGCUAUUAAGUGCUGUCUCGAUUCGCCCCAAUUGACGGCUUUUCCUACCUAUUCCUCAUUUCAAACAAGUCGACAAGCGACAGAAGUUGUACUCUCAGUGCAGUCAACAUUAAAUCAAUUUAUAUACAUUGCUGUAAUAAAAAAAUCCUCAUUUAUUGUUUUCAA